GACCUCGUAGUCGUCAACGCAUUCUCGUUCUCGUUCUCAGUCGCUCAGCUCAGCGGCUGGUCGCACAAGUCAUUCUGUCUAACGUCUCCUUCGCUAUUACAGACGCCAGUCUUCACACACAUCGUCUGGACAGUCAGCAAAACAUCCGGGCCAUAAGCGAGCCAUAAGCAUCAUUGGCUUCUGCUUUGUCAUGCUCACUAGCACUCUAGCAUGACCCCCGCAGUACAUAUAUAAAGCACGCAAUCGUACUUGUCGACAGUGCCGAGCCAACAACGCUUGUAGUCGUACAGCUGAACAUUCCAGUACAUUCUCGACGACAUGCCUUGGGACUCGCCUUUGAAAGGCUAUGAGAAUGCCGAGCCCCUCCCAACGACGAUCAACCCCGACGGGAAAUCUCUACAUAACCCUCCGGGCCCCAGGUCGGCUUCAUACGACGACUUUCCGAAGCCAAUUGACUCGUCAAACAAUGGGUUUGACUUCCACAUAUACUACAUGCCGAAUAGCGCGGCGGAAGCACAGUACGGGAGGGAGCUGCACGAGCGAAUCCGGAGAGAGUUUCCCGAGCUUCGCAUCUACAAAUUCUGGGAUAAGCCGGUUGGUCCACACCCUGUCCCCAUGUUCGAGGUGAACGUGUUCAAUCCCCAUCAAACUGGGGCAUUUUUCUCCUGGUUGGUAGUCAACCGGGGUCCAUGCUCAGUCCUCAUACACCCGAACACCGGAGAUUCGUACAAGGAUCAUACUGAGCUUGCGACUUGGAUAGGCCGACCAUACCCGCUACUCACAGAGAUGCUACGCGGGGGCCCUCGAUGAUCGUCCUUUCGCGGAGUGGGCUAUCAUGACUUCCUCUCGAUAGGAGCUCCGUCGCUCCUGAUAGUGCUCAUUGUUCUUGUAUGAUUCCUUGGUUUUGCGCAAUAUGUCGCUAUUUCUCUCUC